AUGUUGGCUAUUGAUAAGCUCACCGAUGACUGUCUCGAGCUUGUUUUCAUACAUUGUGGCGCCUGCCCCAUAAUCCGUUGCAUCUUGUCUCAAGUGUGUCGACGAUGGCAUGUCAUUGCACGCCGACCCAGUGUGUGGCGUUCCUUGAUGCUCGACAAACCAGCACUGGUCCAUGCAUACGCACGACUCUUACAAUCCACGGCAUGGCAACCUCAACUAGGCGCUAUACGUCGACUCAGUAUCCGAAAGCCGUAUGAAACGCGACGUCAUGUGCACUUGGAAGAUCUUUUACCAGUGGUGAUGCCCAACGUUUUACAUCUGGAUACGCUCCAUUUAUGUUUGGAAGAGAUCAUGAGCGUGUUGAAGCAGCUACCAAGCGUGAGAGUGAUCCAUUGUCAAGCUAUUGAGCCUUGGUGUGCAAGUCGAUCCUUUGAUAUUCAUGCGUUGGUCCAAGGAAACGGUCGUCAAGUGGAAUUCCAUUUCAGGGACAUGGCAGGUUUCACCACAAUUGCAACAACAUCAGCAGCACCUUUUCAACAACAACAGCAUCUCCAUACCUUGCGUGUCAUCAAUCUUCGCAGUGAGGAUUACAAUCAAGUGGAAGCUCUUUUAAAGGAGUUUACAACCAAAGAAGAAGAGGAUGAUGAUGACGAUGACGAUACCAUGAUGAUGAUGCAACAACGAUGGCUCUCUAUGCAAAAUCUGCUUGUGCAAAAAUACCAAUGGAUCGCCCAUCUGCCGAAUUUGACACACCUUACAUUUGGAUCUUGUUAUACAUGGACACGCAACGUGUGGCUACAAGCUCUAUUACCGAUAUGUCCACAAUUACAGCAUCUUGAACUGCAUGGGUGGAGAAGACUUGGAAUCAUACCAGCAUCCACUGGAUUCGUUGGAUCGAUCGGCAACGAUGCUCAACAAGCCAUGCUCAAAUGCUUUGAAGCUGCACAGGACUUGGAAACUUUGAUGCUCGUGGAUUUUUGGAUCGAACCUCCCAUGUUGGUCUCAGCCAAGCAUUUAUGCAUACGUUACACCGAUCAUUGGCCUGAUCCACUUGAUGGAGAACAACUCGCAGCAUUCAUGGAUGAUCUACAACAGGAUGUUCAAGAUAUCACUCUUAGAAUACCACCCAACCAAAUUCCCCAUGUUGCAUCCCAUUGUACCCAUCCAGCAUUAACAAUAGAAAUACAACGUUUCUUCAAGUUGGCUUAA